AUGGCCUCGCGUGGAGGUCGCGGAGGACGAGGCGGGCGGAGCGGGACAGCUCGGGCCCCCCCAGGGACGGUCAGGAUCGCGGGUGUUGAGAUGGCUUGGGAUCUGACUGGCUUGGAGCUUAAGAAGUCGCCUACUGAGAGGUUCCCUAAGACAUCCAAUCCACCCCCUCCCCCGCCGACGGCAGCUGAGAAGGCUAUGCACCAGCGGCUCGUCACACUGCGCGACCGCAUCCACGACGGGCCCCUAUACACCGUCCUCGGUGACGGCAUGAAGACGGGGUUGAAACGCAAGGCCGAGGACCCCGCGCCCACGGAAGCCUCGCUCUUCAACCCCUUCACAGACAAUCUAACCUACUCGGCCAAGUACAUGAAGGUGCGAAGGAGAAUCCCGCGGCUAGACACACGCCCAUACGUUGUGGAUCUGUUCCCGGAAGAGUUACGAUCCAUUCUCAGCCACACAACGGGGACGACCAACGGAACCGCCGACGACGGUCGACCAACCAAGAAGCCGAAGCUACUGCAGCUAUCAAAGGUGACGGCCGUCUCCCGUAUCGAGCAGUACCUCAAAGAGGAAGAAACGCGUGCCCUAGAAGAGAAGGAACGCGCAGAGGCCGAAGAAGAGCUAGACGAAGAUGCCGAGGAGAACGAGGAGGAAGAAGAGUACGAUGAAAAGCCUGAUGCAAUUGACGAGGACGACAACUGGUCUGCCCCCUCAACGGACUCUGAAGAAUCUGAUGAUGACUACAACGCGGAACAAUACUUUGACAAUGGUGAAGACGACUACGGUGGAGACGAAGGUGUAGAUGAGAACACUUAUGAGUAAGGAGUCUAUGCGAGACACAGC